ACCUUUUGUAUUUUCUAAUUUGGAACGUUCAAGUAUAAACACUAUUUUCAUUAUCUUUAUUCUAGGACAUGUCAGUCAACCAUCAACAAGCACAGCAAUGAACGAAAUUUCUACGAACGAGAUCGUAAAUGUGUUGAACCAAAACAGCAAAUUCCGUAACAUACUUGCCAGUAAGUUGAACUUGAGUAGCGUUCCCUCCCAUACGGAAUUACUACACAUGGUUCGAAUCCUGUGCGAUCAUUUUUUCGGCAACCGGAUCAGAGAGCAGCAUGAUUACCCAAAAACACAAGAAAAGAAGCUACUUGCAGAGCGUAUUAUUGAAGCGUUCCCGCAAUUAGCUCGGCCUGCUUCGCGCGGAGCGCCAGCUGAAUCGAUGUUUUUUUAAGCACAACGGACAGUCCAAGGGGACUCAUAGUG